AUGGGCACGCCGACGGCGACUGUAGCGGCUCUGGCGCUGCUGCUGCUGCUGUGCGUCUCCAUGUCCUCCUUGUCCGGCUGCUUGGCGGCGCAGUACAAGGUGGGCGGGCUGGACGCGUGGGGGAUCCCGCCGUCCACCAAGCCGGACGUGUACGUGCGGUGGGCCAAGUCCGUCCCCGUCAAGCUCGGCGACGCCCUCUUCUUCCUCUACCCGCCCAGCCAGGACAGCGCCGUCCAGGUCACCGCCAAGGCCUUCGCCGCCUGCGACGUCUCCGACCCGCUGCUCAAGCCCUCCGCGGACGACUCUAGCGGCUCUGCCGAAUCCGCGAGGACGACGAGCUGCGCCGGCUUGGCCUCCUCGCCUACUGGCUCGCCUUUCUUCGUUGCCCCGCGGCUGCAGUCCAAGGGCGGCGAGCUGCCUACUGCCGGAGCGCGUGCAGAGCGCGGCGACAAGCACAAGAUGGCCGUGGGCGCGGGCGCGCUCUGGGGCGCAACGAGUGGAAAUUUUUCCGCUCCCAGUCAAUUUUUUUUGCUGGCAGCCCCCAAGUGA